AUGGGAGUGAAGCUGAUCGCAUUGCGUUGCGCGGGUUUCAACAACGUGGAUUUGAAUGCCGCGGCAAGGCACCGCAUUCCGGUGGUGCGCGUGCCGGCCUAUUCGCCUUAUGCCGUGGCCGAAUAUGCCGUAGCGUUGAUGCUGGCGCUCAACCGCAAGAUCCACCGCGCCUACUGGCGGUUUCGGGUUGAAUAUACUGGCGUACGACCUUUAUCCCGACCGGAGUUCGCGGCGAACGAAGGAGUGGAGUACGUGCCGCUCGAACAGUUGUUCCGGCAAUCGGACAUCAUUUCGCUGCAUUGUCCCCUGACCGAGCAGACCCGGUAUAUGAUCAAUGAAAAAGCCAUCGAUCAGAUGAAAGAAGGGAUGAUGCUCAUUAAUACGGGGCGGGGACAACUGAUCCAUACGGAGGCUUUGAUCGAGGGGCUGAAAAAGAAAAAGAUCGGUUCGGCCGGUCUCGACGUUUACGAGGAGGAAGCGGCUUACUUUUACGAGGAUACUUCCGACCGGAUCAUGGGCGACGAUAUGCUGGCGCGCCUGUUGUCGUUCAACAAUGUGAUCGUGACCUCGCACCAGGGAUUUUUCACCCGUGAGGCGCUGGAUAACAUUGCGCAUACGACCCUGCAAAAUGUCCGCGAUUUCUCGGACGGGCGGAGACUGACGAACGAAGUGCGUCCGGGAGCAUAG